AUGGAAAGCAUCACAGACGCUUACCCUGAGUACAGCCAGACUUCACGGCUAGAUGAAGUGCGGGCGACAGAAUAUGGCUACCUCGACGAGCAGGGCCACCUCUAUCUUGACUUCACCGGCGCUGGGCUGGCUGCGAAGUCCCAAGUUCGAGCACACGAGAAACGCUUAGGGCAAACACUGUUCGGCAAUCCCCACUCAACGAACCCUACAAGCCAGUCUGCCACGCGACUGAUCGAAGAUGCCAGAGCUCGGGUGCUGGACUACCUCAACGCCUCGCCCAAAGAAUACACCGCCAUCUUCACUCCGAAUGCAACCGGCGCCGCACGUCUCGUUGCAGAAUCAUACCCAUUCAAGAGAGGGACAAGGCUGGUGUUGACGUCGGAUAACCACAACUCCGUCAACGGCCUCCGAGAAUACGCCGGCCGAAACCACGCGCGAACGGUCUACGUGCCGGUCCGAGCCCCGGAGCUGCGGGUCGACCCGUCGGUCCUAAUGUCAGCACUCAGCCGUCGCAAGGGAGGCUUUUUCUCGUGUGGAUCGGCACGCACGCGGCGCAGUGGCUUGUUUGCCUAUCCAGCCCAGAGCAACUUCAGUGGCGUUCGACACCCGCUCUCCUGGGUUCAGGUCGCACAGGAAGAGGGAUAUGACGUACUACUGGAUGCCGCGGCGUAUUUGCCGACGUCCCGACUCAAUCUAUCAGAUACUGGCGUCAAGCCAGAGUUCGUGAUUGUCAGCUGGUACAAGCUGUUUGGGUACCCCACCGGCGUUGGCUGUCUCAUCGUCCGACGCGAUGCAUUGGCUCGGCUGGCCAACUCGCGGCCUUGGUUUUCCGGCGGCACGAUUACUGCUGCGACUGUUGGUGUUCCUUGGCACACCAUCGCCCCUGACGAAGCGGGCUUUGAGGAUGGCACCCUAAACUUCUUAUCGAUACCUGACGUUCAGGUUGGCUUGGAUUGGUUGGAUGAUGUUGGGAUGUUCCUCAUCGACACAAGGGUCAGGUGCCUGACUGGAUGGUGCCUUGAUCGGCUGCACAGGAUGGAGCACAGCGACGGCUCGCCAAUGGCUAGGAUAUAUGGGCCAACAAACAUGGAAUCCAGAGGAGGCACCGUCUGCUUUAAUUUCCUCGACAUCUCUGGAAAAGUGGUUGAUGAGAGACUCGUGGCAAAGGAGUCUGCAGCAAAGAACAUUUCACUCAGAACGGGAUGCUUCUGCAAUCCAGGGGCGGGUGAGACGGCGUUUGGUCUGGAAAAGGCAGCUUUGGUGUCCCUCAGCAAAGUUUACAGCAAGUCGUUGGACACAUACAUCCGGAUGAUCGCCCCUGUUGGUGCUGUCAGGAUCUCGUUUGGCUUCAUGUCAACCGCUGCGGACGUGGACCCUUACCUUUCAUUCAACCAAGCUUUCGAUCACCACUUCCUAUUGGGCCACACCGUCAAGCAGUUCCUGUCGGGUGAUCCAAGGGAACCCUAUGUUACAUGGUUGAAGAGGUGGCCUAAGGAGCCCUUAAUCCGCUUCAUGGGCUUUGGCAACUCCGAGUCGCUACUUGUCACGUCACUCGAUGCGUUUAAAGAGAUCUACCUUCCGAAAUCAUACACCUACAUCAAGCCAGAGUUUAGCAAAAGGCUCAUGGCCCCUGUCCUGGGCUAUGGACUGAUCUUCCAAGAAGGAGACGAAGCAAGAACCCAGAGGAAAUUGAUCAGCACGCUAUUCGGUCUGACCAGCAUCAAGCGCACCAUUCCAACCUUUCAAAAGAAGGCCAAGCGCAUAUGUCAGUUGUUUGAUCAGAAGAUUGAAAAUGAAAACGGGCUUGUUAAUGAUUUUCAGACCACUUUGACGCCAUCGGUUUUCCACGAGUCUUACAACCAGUGCUUUGAUUCUUCCACGUUCGGUUGCAUCCUGAUCGCCAUUUACGCAAUAUUUCCUGCCAUCCGCACGUUUCCGCUGGAAGAAAAUCGCAAAUACAAAGCCGCGAACGCCUUGGUCCGCUCUGAGAUUCGGAAGCUAAUACAAAUGAGAGAGGCCGAGCUUGCCGAAAAACCACUCGACUCAGAGGACACACCCAAUGUCCUUACACAUAUGCUCUUGGAGUCGAAGGCUAUGGGCCAUCCCUUGUCAGAAGAUCAGAUCCUGCAGAACAUUCUCAAUUUCUUCGCCGCCGGCCAUGAAACGUCUGCUACAACAAUGGUCUGGUGCACUCACAUGUUGACGCGUCAUCCAGAUAUCCAGGAGAAGGUCCGACAGGAAGUUACUGAGCUCAUCACUCGAAAGCCGAACCCAGAUUACUACGACUUAGAGAGCCUUCACUACACCGACAAUGUUCUAAAGGAGACUCUUCGACUCUGCUCCCCUGGGAUUGUCGCAGCUAGAGAGCCAGUUCAUGACGUGGAAAUCUGCGGGACUAUCGUGCCAAAGGGCACCCCACUCGUGUUGAUGCCAACAAUCGUUAAUCGCAACCCCAUGAUUUGGGGCGAGGACGCCGACGAGUUCAGGCCUGAGAGAUGGGACAACCUCACGGGGGAGGCUUCGGAUUCUCAUGCCAUGACUAGCUUUCUGAUGGGUCCACGAUCCUGCAUUGGGAGAGCGUUCGCAAUGUUGGAGAUGAAAAUGAUUCUGGUCGAGGUGAUGUCCAAGUUCGAACUCGAACCGGCUGUUGAAGAGAAGGAUAUUAUUCUGGUGAACCCCAGCCCCGCUUUACGUGUCAAGGGAGGUCUAAAGGUGAAUGUUUCUCGGUUGUGA